CAACAGGAAGUGCCUCAGCGAGCUGAGGAAGCACCUACUGCGUCGGUAGAAGAGCAGUAGCGUUAGCAUGUAACUAGCAUUCCGUUGAAUUAUCUAAACUGCGUAUAACAUGCACGACUUGCUUUUGAACCUUUGGACCUUGCGGGUUAUCAGCUCCCGUUAUGCACCAUAUUGCGUAACGUUAUGAACUAUGAACUAUGAGCUUGAACGUGCUCAACGGGGGUCGAAAUAUAACCUAUGAAGUAAAGUGGUGAAUUUGUGUUCACAUUGUCCCCUCCUUCCUCAAAGCAAACGAGAUGAACAACAUGGUGCCACAGACAGACUUCAGCUACUGUGGCGGAGCCAUCACUGAGGUUCUCAAGUUUGGUUCCAGUCAGUUACACUCUGGACACAAGGUGCUUUUCCUCAUCAUUCCAGGUAACCCUGGUGUAGUGGGCUUCUAUAGAACCUUCAUGCAGACUCUUUACACCAUGUUUGGCUGCUGCCACCCAGUGUGGGCUGUAAGCCACGCGGGCCACUGCGUGCCACCAGACUCAAUGGACAUGGUGGAAGAUAACUUCUCAGCGAUAAAGCAUGACGUGUUUGGUCUGAACGGGCAGAUUGAACACAAGCUGGCCUUCCUCAGGAGACAUGUUCCUAGAGAAACCAGCCUGGUGUUGGUAGGACACUCCAUCGGCUGCUACAUCAUUCUGGACAUCAUGAAGAGAAAUCCUAAACUCAAGAUCAUCAAAGCCAUCAUGCUGUUUCCCACCAUCGAGCGCAUGGCUGAGACUCCUCAGGGGAAGGUCAUGACCCCUGUGCUGUGUCACAUGCGUUAUCUGGCCUACCUGCCUCUCUUCCUGCUCUCUCUCCUGCCCGAGGGACUCCAAGAAGGCCUGAUUAAACUGGUGUUUAGCAGCAUCCGGUCCCUGGAUCCCACUGUAGUCCAACCUACUGUUGGCCUUCUCAGUGGAGACUCUGCAGUUAACGCCAUGUACAUGGGGGGCCAGGAAAUGAGGACAGUCAUGGGAAGAGACAACAGCACUAUAGAGAAAAACGUUGAAAAGCUAUUAUUUUACUAUGGAGCUUCAGACCACUGGUGCCCUGUCCAGUAUUAUCAUGACAUCAAGCAAGACUUUCCACAUGGAACUUUCCGACUGUGUCAGGACGGGUAUCGCCACGCCUUCGUCCUGGAUGCAGGGGAGGAAGUUGCCAGAAUGUCCUUCAGGGAGAAGCUCUGGCCCGGCCCCAGCACCUGUCUGACGGUCACAUUCACCCUGGAGCCGUGGAUGUACCUGGAGCAUAUGGCCCAGUCCUGUUCCGACAGCGGCUCCACCACAGAAUUGUUGUGCAGUGAGGAGGCCGGCCUGCAGCUUUCCAUGUCAAACGCUGGAUGACCCUGGGGUGGCGCAACGAUGCGUGGAACAGCAUGGUAAAAGAGCCGGCUCUGUCCCGACAUCACCAUCACGUCCCCACAGUGCAUGUACAUAGCAGUCGGGGGGUCCUGUCUGCGGGUGCCUCCCAAAAGG